AUGUCCGUCCGCGAAACCUACAAAAUCGCACACACCGCGCGCUGCAAGCUGCAAAUGGCCGCCGACCGACCCGACCGCGACCUCCGCUUCAUCCUCGGCCACGCCUUCACCCUCGACAAGCUGCGCCUGCGCAUCGCAGAGAUAGAAGUCAGUGGCUCGAGCGACUCUGACUCCGAGCCUGAAGACGAGGGGGGGAUGGGACAGCAUAAUCGCGCGGUGUGCAGUGGUGCGGUGCCUGUGCCUGUGCCUGGGCCUGGGCCUGGGCCUGGGCAGGAUGGGAUGCAGAGAAGGGUGAGCUUCCAGACGGGGAAGGCGGGUGGGAGGGGUGAGAGAGAAAGGGAGAGGGAGAGGGAGAGGGAUAGGAAGAGGAGCCCGCCGCCGCCGCCGCUGCCGUCAAGGCAGCCGCCUAUGUUGGAGGAGGAUACGGAGAGUGGGUCUAGUGAGGAGGAGGAUGAUGACGAUAUUGAGAUUGACAACGACAAUAACGACGAAGAAGGCGAAGAUCUCGGACUCGUACGAUUCGGUUCAGCGGCUGCGCAGCCGCCUAGAUAUAGUCCCGUACCUGAACCGCGGAUCAUGGGCGAGGAUGUGCUUGCGGAUGAGAAUGGUGUUGCGUCGUCGCUUGGGGAAGGGGAUGUCCUUGAGGGGCAGGAAGUCGAUAUCGGGGUUACGGAUCCGAAGAAGUUUUCCGAGGAGGAGCUGAAGAGGUUGUGUGAGGGGAAGGGGAGCGAGGAGUUGCGGGAUGCGUAUUUUGGUGUCGCGGGGUGUCCGUGUCAUGGGGAGAAGGGGCCGAGGGUGGAGAGGUUUUGGGAGCUGCCGAAGCAGGAGGGGGUGGUUGGGCCUAGGUUGGCGGUGGUGCAGGUUGCUUAG